AUGUUACCGCCUCCAAUCAACAUUCAUAAAUGGGUAGAAGAAAAUGAGGAUAAGUUGAGGCCACCAGUGAACAAUUUUUGUUUACACAGAGGUGGCUUUACCGUGAUGAUAGUUGGUGGUCCCAAUGAAAGAAGCGAUUAUCAUAUUAAUCAAACUCCGGAGUACUUUUAUCAAUACAAAGGUACUAUGUGCUUAAAAGUUGUUGACGACGGAAAGUUUAGAGAUAUUUUCAUCAAUGAGGGAGACUCUUUUUUGUUGCCACCAAACAUUCCCCAUAAUCCAUGUCGUUACAAAGACACGAUAGGUAUAGUUGUUGAACAAGAUCGUCCAGAGGGUGUUAAUGAUGCAAUUAGAUGGUACUGUAGUAAUUGUGAAGAUAUCGUUUACCAUACAGAUUUCUACUUGACUGAUUUGGGAACGCAAAUUAAAGAAGCUAUCAUUGCAUUUGACUCAAACUUGGAUGUCAAAACUUGCAAAAAUUGCGGGCAUAUAAACUCGUCCAAAAGAUAG